CGUGGCAGCUAGCCCGCUGUCUCUCCGGCCCGCGCGCCUGGGAUGCCGCAGCGGCCAAUGCAGCUGAGAUCCAUUUCGGGAUGGGAUUCAGGGUCUAUAGCCUCACCACUUCUUGGAGUGAAUGUUGACAGUCGGGUUGCACAGAGGUAAGCACGCGACCAGCACUUGAAGAGCCCGUUACGCUUCUUUGCAGGCGACUGGUGUUAGAGGUCAUACUUUCCCUUGUACAGAACAAUAACUGUGUUUGGUCAACAACCCGGGGAUCAGCAACACAGAGCAAAGCCCGAAAGCAGAUCAAGCCAUCCCCUUAAUAAGCGCUACUAGCUUACACCGACCCUUUCCCCCAGCUCACAUAUUCUCCACCCGUCAGUAAACACGACCACCUCUCUCCAGUCCACCUCCACGUCCAUACCCACUCACAGGCGAAGAAGCCGCAUACCUGCCUUGGUCCGGCCACAACCCAUCCCUCACCACCACCAGCAUGUCCACCUCCGCCACGGCGACGGGCAAUCCGGGCAUUGGCCUUAGCACGCAGAAGCUUGAGAAGAAGCCCGUGAAGUUCAGCAAUCUGUUGCUCGGUGCCGGUUUGAACAUGUUCGAGGUCACGACGCUCGGGCAGCCGUUGGAGGUUAUGAAGACGACCAUGGCGGCCAACCGACAGGAUGGUAUGGCCGGGGCGGUGAGCCGGAUCUGGCAGCGCGGUGGUGUGCUUGGAUUCUACCAAGGUCUCAUCCCCUGGGCCUGGAUCGAAGCCUCGACCAAAGGUGCCGUACUCCUCUUCGUCGCCUCCGAAGCGGAAUACUACGCCCGGAGCUUUGGCGCCGGCAACUUCACGGCCGGCAUCAGCGGUGGUAUGGCCGGUGGACUGGCUCAAGCCUACGCAACCAUGGGUUUCUGUACGUGCAUGAAGACGGUCGAGAUGACGCGACACAAGGCCGCAACUUCGGGCGAAAAGGUGCCGGGUAGUAUGCAGGUGUUCAUGGACAUCUGGCGCAAGGAGGGCCUGGCGGGUAUCAAUCGCGGUGUCAAUGCUGUCGCUGUGCGACAGGUCACCAACUGGGGUAGUCGCUUCGGUUUGAGCAGAGUCGCUGAGAACGGCAUUCGCAACAUGACCGGCAAGAACGAAGGCCAGAAGCUCUCCGUUUGGGAGAAGAUCACCGCCUCCGCUGUUGGUGGUGGUCUCUCUGCCUGGAACCAGCCCAUUGAGGUCGUCCGUGUCGAAAUGCAAUCGAAGAAGGAGGAUCCCAACCGGCCCAAGAAGAUGACCGUCGGCAACACUUUUGCUUACAUCUACAAGACGUCCGGUAUCCGUGGCCUGUACCGAGGUGUCGCACCCCGUAUCGGUCUUGGUGUUUGGCAAACGGUCUGCAUGGUUGCGCUUGGCGAUGUGGCGAAGGAAUGGGUGGAGAAGAUCACGGGUGAUAAGGUCACGGCUAAGCAUUGAGCGUAGGCGCUAUUGGGAGUUUCGUCAUCGCAGUGGCUCAGGCUGGGCUUCAUGGGUGUGUGUUACUGUGCGUGUAGCGUUGGGCGGGCUUUGCUGGUGCGCGGGACUUUCUUCGGUAUACAAUUUGUUAUUAUGCAUGACUGCAGGCUUUAUAGAGGAUUACAGCGGGGAGGCAAGAAGCAGGCGCGAAACAAAUCGAGCCACAUUGAUACACG